AUGACCAAGAAGCGCAGGGGAAACGGCCGUAACAAGAAGGGACGUGGACACGUCCGCUUCCUCCGCUGCUCGAACUGCGCGCGCGCGGUUGCCAAGGACAAGGCCAUCAAGCGCAACUCGGUCAAGAACAUGGUCGAGGCCGCCGCGGUCCGUGACCUCUCGGAGGCUUCCGUGUACGCCGAGUACGCGCUGCCCAAGCUCUACAUCCGCCUGGUGUACUGCGUCUCGUGCGCCAUCCACGCCAAGAUUGUGCGUGUCCGUUCGGACAAGGUCGGCGCCAUCAACGGCCGCAAGAACCGCGCCCCGCCUCCCCGCGCCAUCUUCAAGGACGGCAAGCGCGUCAACCCUGCCGUCGCGGCCGCCAUUGCCGCCAAGCAGGCCCAGCAGACUGCUUAG